AGACUGAAAACUAAAUCAGCAGCUUUGAAUGCAAAUUCCAAUUUUGAUGAACUUUUUAAAUCUCUCUCGGUGCUGCCGGAAUUUCACUUGGUGAUGUCAAGUGGUGAAACCUCCUCUGAAGCAAAAGAGAGCGAAGCUGAGCAUCCGAGUAAACACAUUGAAACAAACAUGAAGCAGAGCGGAGGCCAAACCUCAGCUUACAUGAAGACUGUGAGCGUGGUAUCUCUAACAGUGCAAAAUUCAGCCCUUGUCAUCUGUAUGAGAUACUCCAGAGUUCGAGAUGUGAAGCUAUACAUUAUUACAGUAGCGGUCUUAAUGAGCGAAGUGGUAAAAUGCCUAGCCAGUCUUUUCAUGGUAUAUCGUGAUGAAGGAGACUUCCAUAGGUGGAAAAGAGCCCUCAGAGUAGAAAUCAUCGAUAACCCCGUCAACACCUUGAAAGUGGCCUUACCAUCUCUCAUCUACGUUCUGCAGAACAAUUUCUACCAAGUCACAUAUCAGCUAAAGAUCCUCGCUGCAGCCAUGUUUACCGUGACAAUGUUGAAUCGGCGUCUCUCUCCUGGGAUUGCGAUCGUGCAGCUAUCUCAAGAGGAGAGUCGGAAGGAUGCAGGACAAAUAAUGGAAGAGGGAUUCUUCGUUGGGUGUGACGCCUAUGUCUGGUUCCUUAUAGUCCUGCAGGCUGUCGGUGGUCUCAUCGUUGCCAUGGUGUUGAAGUAUGCCGAUAACAUCUUAAAGGGGUUUGCCACAGCCAUUGGAAUUGUGUUCAGCUGCCUCGCAUCUUACUUUUUAUUUCAUGUGCCCCUGACAGGCCUGUUCCUUCUAGGUGCUGGAAUUGUCAUAGUAAGUGUAUUUAUGUACAGUGGAUAUCCUCCACCGCCUCCAAAAUCAGCUCUACAGAAGGCAAAAGAAUCAUCCAAUGCAGCAACGAUGGCGUAG